AUGAAUUUUGAAAACUCACCGUCACUUCCACAUGCUCAUCAACAAAUACGUUUAGGUGAUAUUCAAGCAUCAGCACAAAAGUGGACUCGAGCCAUUGAAUGUUAUUUACGUGCAAUUGAAUAUUUCAAAACAAUACAAAAAAGUCUAUACGAUACUAGUCUAAUAUCAAAUAUUCAAGCGCAAAUAAUACAAUGUGAAAAAGCAAUUGAUUUCUAUCAUUUGAAAGAUCGCUCCGAACAGGCAAUGAAAUCAGAACGUCAUUCAACCAUCACUCGUGCUCAUUCAAUAUGUAAUACAAAGCCAUCAACAACACUGAAUCGAAAAAUGCCACGGUAUCAUACACAACAAUUCGAUAAUACUGUUCUGUUAGGUGGUCGUGAUGAAAUGGACUCCUUUGCGGCACUUAUAUUUCCAAAUAGUAAUUCUGAAAGGUUAACAAAAACUCUAUCGCCAUUAAUGGCAAAGAACAAAUAG